AUGGUGCGAUCAAAGCCGAAAAAACAGAAGGGCGACGAUGCAUUUCAGAAGCGAACCCAAAAAGUUGGGCGCAAGAAGCUUGCUCCGGCCACGGCAACACGCGCGGAGGUUCACGCGCGGACGUUGCGAGUCGCCACUUCCGCGACUAUUGGGCGUGCAACUGCCAGCAUCGGCACGGGUGACACCCCGUCUUCCCUCCACCAAAUCGACCAGGGGAGAAGCACAAAAGGCAAGGAAGGAGCGCUAUCUAAAUGCAGCUUCGCGGAGCUUCUUGCAAGUGCGAACCACUAUAAAACAUCCAACCGCGCGUCUGCGUUUGCGUCGAUGUCGCGGCUGUUAGCCCUUCAUGAGGCGGAAGAUAUUCAGGAACGCUCACGUUUCGAUCCGUUUGCGGGUUUCAUUUCUAUACGAAAUACCAAUGAUGGGGAUAAUGAUAGCACGAACACUACAAGUAAUCUGAGAAUUACCGGUGCUCAGACCCACAAGGACCAUACCCGCCUCCAUGAGGUGACAUCCCUGCAAAAGUUAAAGGCCUUUACCUCCGCGUUGGACGCGUUGACCGACACCGAGGAGGAGGUCCGACGUGCGGCCCUUAGCUGCCUGGGGGUUCUCCUCCGCCACCGGUGGCUUACCACUUCCUCCACUGGAGAUCCUUCACAAGGAGGGAGUUCCCCUCCCGGCCCUGUCGUGGGGGCCGCGGAGAUGGAUCACCUCCGCGCCAUCCUCCACACCAUCCACGUGACCCUCACCCACGCCCUCCGGCCGGUUCGUCUUGCGGGAGUUCAGCUUUUGGCGUUGCUGUUGGAGCACGGGGAGCCCGCGGCGUUGCGUCAAGCCGCCCGGGAGGUCUCCCGGGCGCAGCGACUCGUCCGCCCGCACGAGCCUCAGGAAGACGCCUCCACAAUGCCAAGAGAGGAGGGGGAAACCAAUUCGGACGCCUUGGAGGUGGAGACGUGGAUGCUGGCGCUGGUCCGCCGCGUUUCGGCGUUGGUGUUAUCUACCCCACACAUCCACGUUCUCGCACCGCUUCUCUCGGCUUUUCUCAUGUCCUUUAGUGGGACUCAAACCGAUUCCAUGGAUGGGGGGCUCCCUCUCGAAUCAGUACCGAACGAGGAAGCGGACGACCAUCUUGAUUCCACAGAGGUUGCUUUCUCCGCUGGCGGGAUGUUGUGCGCGACGCCCGAUUGGUGCCAUCCCGAGUUGGUGUUGGAUCUCUUCAAGGAGCUCCUUCCACAAUGGGCGAACGCGUGGAAAGAGUUGAUGGAGAUGCAGCUCGGGUUAUUUCGACACGAGGAGAAGCUUUCCGCCGCGGUCGCGCUUGGCGCCUCCUUUGCCGUUGUGCUGACCUUCUUGAAGCAAAAAGAGUUGGAACGCCGGGAUGGGGUGGCGGCACGAGGUGGGACCAACAACGACGUCGGGAAGAUCUUUUUAUCCAAGUUGGAUCUUCAGACGGUGAAAAAGCUGUUUUUCCAUAAGGUACCGGUCACCACUGCGGAGAUCCUUCGAAGAGAGCACCGCGAUCACGGCAGUGUGCAGUCGCGGUCACCACUUUCGAACCCAUUUUCGUGCUCUGCUGGAGCCUCCGGACAGGCUCGAUACAACCGAGUAGAUUUUGCUCUUGUGCUCGCUCAAGUCAGCGCCCCGCUUGCGACCCUUGAGGAGGGCUGGAAUAGCCUCUAUCAGUACUUCCAUACGGCCUUCACACCGGCCUCAUCUUCGUCCUCUUCUGCCUUCCCUCGGAAGUCGGAAGUGCAGCUUUCCUCGCAGCAUUUACUUUCUUCACUUGAGGCUUAUCUUCUGACGCUACGUCUUUUUCCGAAUCUCAUCCACAUCCCAUCAUCGUGUUUCAUCCCAACAGAGGGUUUUGAGGAUAACGAGAUCGAAAUCCCAGACGAGGAGGGGAAACAUACAGACGACGCCCACCCGAUCUCCACGGCCGGGCUAUCCCACAAAGUCGUCAAACAUCCAGUGCGACCUCGGAGAUCCGCUGAUCGGGUAACGGAAAAACUCCUCCCCUUCGCGCCGCUCCUCUUCCGGGCGGUUGUACAGCAGAUUCAAGACCACCUACAAGCGGGGGGUGCACAGCGCCAUCGGGCCCAUCAUUCCAAGCGUACCGUAUCCGAUGACAAAAAGGAUGCCUUUGUGUUGAAGCUGUUGAACUACGUAACGGCUAUUGUCGUGCGUCUGGCGCAGUUCCCUCUGCUAUUGCCGAGCGGCGACGAGCACACAGACGUUGCGCGCCAUCGGCGAGGGGAAAAAGCAUUCAAUAGCGAAGCAACACACGACCGACAGACCGGGAAAGGAGACUUUGUGGCUGCUCAAGCGUUGCAUGAUACGUUUCUACUCGUGCCUCGACUCCUUUUUGCGCUCCGCCCACGGGAGCGUGUGGAGGAAGCCAGCGAGGAGAAUGAGCUCACCGAGGAGGACAAAUCGGAACGGAAUUUGGCGAAUGCGCAGGCGAGUCGCGGCGAUGCGGGGCCACGAACCGAGGGGGUUUUGACCAACUAUCCUGCUGCUGUGGACAACGUUGUUUAUCAGCUUCUUCGCGUCGUGUGGUUCAUGAUAAGCGCAGGGCAUCCGCUUUUUUCAGAAGACGGUGGCGCUUCGGACACGUUUUCGAGGUUUCUCCCUACGAUGAGAGCAGGGUUGCAGGCCCUCUUUGUAGUUCCAGAUGGCUCCUCCGGCAGUACAGUCCAUAAAGGGGUGCUGUCGAGAUGCACUGAGCGGACGGUGGAGCUGGCGCAGCAUAUUUUAUUCUACCUUAAUGUCCGAGACAUAGAUAAGAUGCAGUUGCUCACGACGAAAGAGACGGAUGUGGAUGGCGGAGGUUCUGAUUCUGAAGAAAGGGAAAGGCAUUCCCUGGACAAUACCGCGCGGCGUCCUACGAUGUCCACUAUCGCAGGCAUGGCGGAUAUCUUAUUGAUGCUGCCUCCAAUACUAUCAGAGGCAUCCUAA